AUGUCCAGCAGUACUAACACAGCAUCGAAUCAGGGAUUCCUACGAUGGGAAGCAUCAACAGACAAAACUUCAAGUGCCUCUAUUAACAAUCCGGCUAUUCUGAGGAAGCCCAAUGCGCCAGCUCGUGGUGUAGGCAAAGGCACGCAAGUCGUGCCACGCUGGGAACUUCUCCUACCUGGUGAGCCCCUAGCCUUGGACAUUGAAUUCCAAAACUACCACAGAAUCGGCGAGAACCACCCUGUAGUUAAGGACAGCCGCGGCCGUGUCAAGGGCAAUUCCGGCAAACCCCAAUGGAGAAACCGUCUCGGCUGGAUCGGCAUCGUCAACACGCGUGGCGAGGUCAUUCUCGACGUUCACGUCUUCUACCCUCAAGACAAGGCCCUCCAAACUAUGUUUCCCUACGCGCCCGGCAAACAAUUCGGCGUGACGGCGCAGAGCGUCCGAGAGGUCAACGGCGCAGUCAAGGGCGAAGUCGUCGAAAAAUGGUGUAAUGAGCUCUUCCGUGACCACAGUGUAGUCUUCUUUGGCGGUUCAAAUGAUCGCACAGCAUUUUAUUACUUUGCAGAGAUGUUCAAGGAGGUUACUACCUACGAUGUGCAGGAAGAUUGGGCCAAUACGCCAGAAGGGGGGGAUAAGGCUACCCCGGGGCUUGCGGAGGUGACUAGGAAUGCUUUGAAGGUGGAGAUCCAAAAGGGUGGUGUGCAUGGUCCGGUGGAGGACGCACAGUAUACUAUGAAACUGUACAUGUUGAAGCAUGCUUUUGAUCGGGCGGAAGCAGCUGCGCAGUGGCAGGCUGUGUAUGGACCAUCAUUUGGCCAGUAG